UAUCUUCAUCGCCUUCAUCAUAUCAUGUCUUCAGUGAUUGACGAAAAGGUGCCCAUUACCCUAUCAUCUCCUCAAUUGGACUUUGAUAAUUUUCAAGUUGAUGAAGGGGACCUAGAUGGGGUUGUCGAGAAGGCUGAGAAAGAUCGGGAAUUUGGAGCGGCUGUCUAAUACAUCAGCUUUCAUAAGGAUAUCCUAGACGAAGCUCUUGAACUUUCGUUCAAAAAUGAGCAAAGCAUCUUCAAUUAUUGCAGCUGGGCCAGUUAUAGAUGCUGGAACGCCACCUAUGCCGGUCCUAAUUUGCUUCUGGACGUUUCUAUAGAAUCUGUGGCAAAGCGGGUUAGUCACUGCGCUCAAUUAACUGAAUGCUUUAUGAAGAUGACUCCCUGGCUGGCAGUGUCCGAGGGUUGUGUCAAGACCAAGAAUAUCAGUACGUCACCUAAAACCUUCCACGCCGCUCUCGCGGGUGCUAUACUAGAGGGCUUUAUCUCUUUGCCCGCUGGUGGAUAUGACGCUCUAGAGAAAGUAUUCAAAUUUCUCACUACGGCAGUUGAGACCCGGGCCAGAACUGGUGACGACGUUUCGCAAUGCAUAAUUUUGAUCCGACACGAAUACUCACCAGAGACAAAAACCAUCCGUACAUUCAUUCGCAUCGUCACAUUUCAGAUUACCCAAGAAAUGGUUGAAGUUCAACGAAAGAAGAGCUCUUCAAGCGCUCUCAAUGUAAUCAUCUCAUACAAUGAGUGCGAAGGUAAGUUCAAUAUAAAAGAGUGGACACAAGCUUCUGGCAUGAUCGAAGAGUCGAAGAAGAAAAAAAUGGAGGACUAUGUCAAGGAAGAUACCAUUGAGAUCCCACUUUGAUCAGAUACUCAAAACGAAAACCCACCCGCAACCCAGAGGUUAAAAAUCCAAUGGAAAAUGAUCACAUCCGAGAAUUUUUAAGUGUCUAUGUGGAGGAUUGAAGUUGAACUUGACGUCCACGUGGUUCUCAGUAAAUCUCACCCCGCUCUUAGGAUACACCUUCCUCAACAACCUUGCUCUACAGCUCUAAUGAAAUUUGGCGAUGUAGAACUACCAAUUGAACAAUCAACGACC